UUCGUGUCAUAUUUUUCAGAGCUUCUAAUAUAUUAAAGCUUUUUGAACAUUUAAUACUAAAACAUGGGAAGACGGCGUUCAAAGCGCAAAGCACCACCGAAGAAAAAGAUGACGGAAAAUUUAGAAACCCAGUUUUCUUGCCCAUUUUGUAACCAUGAAAAAUCGUGUGAGGUGAAAAUGGAUAGAGACCGUAACACAGGAAUGGUAUCAUGCACUGUUUGUAUGGAAGAAUACCAAACAACAAUUAAUUAUCUAUCAGAACCUAUUGAUGUGUAUAGUGAUUGGAUUGAUGCAUGCGAAUCUGCCAACCAGUAGUUGUGUAUGAAAAAGGGUGUACAAAUUUUAAAAUUUUAUUAAUGUUUUUUGCAUAACAGCAGAAUGUUAUGUGAAAUGUUUAUGUACAAGUGAUUACAAUCAUGAACUAUGUUAUUGGACGGUAUUUAAUUCCAUGUUAAGGCUUUGAAUGUUUAUUUGGAGUACAUGUAUGUUGUGUUAUACACGCCAAAGUUUUUUAAAUUCAGGGGAGUCUGGGAUAGUACAACACAUUAUUCAGUAAAACAAAGCGAAAUACAAAAUUCCACUCCAGUCUCAUUCUUUGUGGGUAUAUUUAAGACUAAAUAAUAAAAUAUGUGCAUUGUAUAAUGUUGCCACUGCAUUUAUCAAUUAUUUAAGUUUGGUGAAAUUUUUUUCCUGUUAACACCGUAUCUAGAUCGCUGAUAUCGUGCUAUGUCUUCACUGUCAUAAAUGUACAGAUUUUCAAUCUCGUUUACUUUUUCUGUUUUUAGGUCGAUUAAGAAUAAGUCUUUGUGUUUAAUGUUACCUGAAAUGACUUGUAAAAAUGGCUCAAUCUGAGGUUGAGAGUAUAUCUAAUGGAUUGGAGAGAUGCACAAUAUUGUUAAAAGAUAUUCUACAAUCUGAUUCACAAGAACCUGUUUCUGCUACUACAAGCAAGAAGAAAAAGUGCCAGGGCAAUAAAAGUGCUGUAAAGCUUGUAAAACCUUGGCAAGCCUCAUCGAAACGAAAUGUUUCGCAUAAAACAAAGAAUAACAUGAGAUGCAAAGCUGCAUUGAACUUUAAAAAGGAAAAGGUGACAGAUGGAAAGUCGGAAGAGAAAAAGUUGGCAAAACCUUGUCAACUGACUAAGUUUGAUCGUGACAUUCCAUCAUCAACUCCCAUUGUAACUCCAAUAAAGAAAGAAAAACUAAUGACACCUCGUAGCCACCAACAUAAAGAAGGCAACUCGUUAACAUCUUCACAAAGCAGUUUAAUUGCCCUCCUUCAAAACUUUAACAACUCACUGGUUUUGCCUUACCAAGGUGCAGGUGACUCAAAAUGUCAAAAUCUUCAGCCAAGUUUGAAAGGUCAAAGUGAGCAGGUUACUGUAGAUGUCAAUCAAUCAAAAAUGGACAAUGUUGCCACUCAGCAUUUAUCAAGAACAACAACAAAUGCUCCAGAAAAGCAACCAACAACUGUGGAGAUGCAUCCAUGUAUACACUGUGAAGAUAGUAGAGCUAGAAUAGUAGGGUUGGAAAAUGAGAAUGCUGUUUUGACCAAGAGACUUAAAACAAUGGAGUUCUCAUUCAAAGAAAAGGAGUCAUCUAAGAAUGACAUCUCUUUGGAAAUUGCAGCACUGCAAUGCAGAACUAAUUUGUUUGAGAAAAAGGUUCUUGAGUUAACCACUGCAUUGGAUGACUCGGUUCAACUACAAGCAGAGAUGAGUAAAACUAAUGCUUCACUUGCAGAUGAAAACCAAAGGAUAAGAGAGGAGUUGUUGGAGAAAGAUGAUGAAUUGAAGAAAAGUGGAAAAAUAUUUACUGAUGAAACUGAAAAUAUAAAACUUGAAGUGAACCAAGCAAUGGUAAAGUUUGAUCAACUUAAACUUUCACUUGCUGAGUCGGAUACUGAGAAUAUGGGUUUGAGAAAUGAGGUUCAAAUAAGAGAUGAAGAAAUUGAAAGAUUGAAUGAACUUAACAAAGGGCUUCAAAUGAGCAAUGCAAGGCUGUUAUCUGAGUUAAACAAAAAUCACCAAGUUUCUCCUGGAAGGAACACACAGAAUAUAACGACUACUGUGUUGAACAGAUUGGAUACAAUAUUAUCUCAGCCUAUUCAAACACAUCUUGUUCGAAGCAAUAAUAUUCCUACUGAUAUUAAUCUUCAGAAACAUACUAAUACUUUAACUCAUGAUGUUCCUAGUCCUACUGAAUAUGCUCCUCCAAACCCUUGUAAGGUGCUAGUGGACACUGGAAAUAAGCAGGUUGAAUUUGCUACCACUGUACCUGCUAUGUCAACAAUAUCUUCUUCUUAUAACACACCAUCUGUUUCUAUGAUAUCUAUGACCACAAGUGAUGAGCAAAACUUUAGCGCUGGUUUAGCAAUUCUAGAUGCUGAUAUUGAGCGUUUGCAGAACAGCUUGAAAUAUGCCAAUGCUGUUUAGGACUUUUUUUGUAGUUUUUUUAGCUUUUUUAUAGUAAGUGUAUUUUAUUAAUAAAAGUUAUAUAUGCGCCUCCAA